AUGGAGGAAUGGGUGCUCCGCCCGCCGGACAGCAGCAACAGCACCGCGCUGGACGACAUCCUCCCGUGCGCCGACGCGGCGGCGACCUCGGAGGCGCUGCGCCGGAGCAAGGAGGUGAACCACCAGCUGGUGGCCACCCUCAACGACGUGCUCGCCAACGUCUCCAACGCCAACGCCUUCCCGCCGGGCGCCGGCCCGCCCCUCAACUACAACCAGUCGGGCCCGCCGGUGCCGCUCCUCUGCAGCCCCUACCGCGCCGACCUCUCCGACCGCCCCUGCGCCGCCGGCGAGGUGCCGGCCGCCUUCGCGCCGCAGGCGUGGCGGGGCCACGUGUGCCAGGUGUCCGGCGCGCCGGGACAAUCACAGGAGACGUGCGCGACGCCCGGGCGGCUCACGCCGUCGAUGUACGCGCAGGCGCUGGCCGUGGCGAACGCCAGCGCGGGGCUGGUGGACUACGGGCCGGCGCUGGCGGAGCUGGCGGACUGCACGUUCGUGCGGCGGACGUUCGAGGCCGUGGUGGCCGACGGCUGCCCCGGGCUGCGGCGGCACAGCGGCAGGGUGUACCGGGCGCUGGCGGCCGUGGCGGUGGCGGUGGCGGCCGCCGUGGUGGCGUGGGUGGUGCACACCAGGGAGCGGCGGCGGCGGCGCGAGGCCGUGCGGUUCCGGGUGUCGCCCUACCGGCUCCCCAUCGAGGACAAGUCGCUGCUCAAGAGCCCCCGGCGGCCGUACCGGCGCGCCGAGAGCGGCGGGCUCAUCGGCAAAGGCGGCUGGUGA